AUAAAUUUGGUACAGAUGUCAAGAAGCAACUACAAAUCCAACCGUCAAAUCACCUCACCUCCAUGAAUCCGAUGGCUGUAGAUUGUUCUACUCUCGACAAGAAAGCUGUGCGUGUAAAAUCACAAGGAGAGAGAGAGAGAGAGAGCGACAGAUAGAGAUAGAAACAAAAAGAGCGAACUUUCGAGUUCUCAAACUUCUUCCUUUAACCAAAAGAAAAAGGCGUCCAAUUUCCACUUUGAAAUCGCAGAAGAGCGGAGGAAAAAUCCCAAAUCCCUAAUUUUUCAAUUUCUAACCCCACCAACAUCAAUUCAAAUCAGCCCUCGACGCCCAAACCCGCUUCCCCAAAUCCACCGCUCCAUUUUAUCUUUUUCUGAACCUUUAUUUUUUCAUUUCAUACCGGCAAAUUUGAACUGCAGGACGAAGAGCUAGAGCGGAACACAGCGGAGCGAGUAAGAGGCGAUGCGGCGGAGACGUACGGUCACACCGCCGCCCUGCAGCCCAAUUGCCGACGUUUCAACUCGCUGGAGCCAUAGAUGCAUACAAACAACCACCGCCACCGACUGAGGAGCUGCCCGGACUUCUUCGUUCCUGACAAGCCCUCUUUCAAGAAUGUCGUUUUCAAGAUGCAGCCCGCUGACCAAACCCUAAACAUAGAUCCCACCCCUUAUCGUUCCAGCUCCAGCUCCCGCUCCCCGUCCCCUUCCCGUGCUUUCGGCCACGACGUCACGGCUCUUCUCUCCGACGAGCUCCUGCUUCGCAUUCUCUCGGCUGUUCGUGGCUCCCACCUCGUUUCCAUCGGUCUUGUAUCGAAGCGAUGGCUCCGUCUUGUCGAUCGACUUCGUCGCUCCCUUACCCUGCUCGACUGGUCCUUCUUAGCUGGUCAUUCGCGCCGCCUCACCGCUCGUUUCCAGGAACUCACUGAAGUUGACCUCGUUCCUGCCGCUUUCCGACCCCCAUCGUCGUCCUCACCAGUCAUACUCACUCGCGGCCACUACUCCCUCCAAAUGGACCCUCUUUCCUCCCACUCUGUUGGCGAUCUCCCCUUGCUUGACUCCCAAUCCAUUAACAAUGGACUGGACGUGCUUGCCCGUGGCUGCCCUGCCUUGCAGAGACUCUGCACUGUCGCUCCCUUAGAAACCGAGUUCGGGCUCGCCACCGUUGCGCUUGAGUGCGCCACUCUCCAGUCGCUUGAGCUGCACCGCUGCACCGACACAGCCCUCCGUCCCAUCUCUGCCUUUAAAAACCUCCAGAUUUUGCGAUUGGUGGCAUCAGUGGAUGGGCUUUAUGCUGGUCCAGGGGUGACAGACAUUGGGCUUACUAUACUUGCCCAUGGAUGUAAGAGGCUCGUGAAGCUGGAACUGGGCGGCUGUGAAGCUAGCUUUGAUGGAAUCAGUGCAAUCGGACAUUGCUGUGCAAUGCUGGAAGAGCUUACAAUUUGCGAUGAUAGCAAGAUGGAGGGAGGAUGGCUUGCAGCCCUAUUAUACUGUGGGAAUUUGAGGACUCUUAGGUUGCAAAGUUGCAGGAAUGUUGUUAGUUUGGCAGGGCCUAUGGAGCAUCUUGGAUGUUGCCCUACAAUCGAGCGGCUGCAGCUGCAGCGGUGCCAAUUGAGGGAUAAAACAAGCUUGAAAGCACUGUUUGUGGUUUGUGAGAACGUGAAAGAGAUUGGCUUUCAUAGUUGUUGGGGACUUGACAAUGAUAUCUUUAGAAUUUCAAGCAUCCUCAGGAGGGUGAAGCUUCUAUCACUAGAGGGAUGUUCGAAGAUAACAACAGAGGGACUGGAAUCAGUAAUACUGUCUUGGAAGGAUUUGCAAAGCCUCACAGUAGUCUCCUGCAACAGCAUCAGAGAUGAUGAAGUUAGUCCUGCUCUUUCAGGUUUGUUCUCUAUCCUCAAAGAGUUCAAGUGGCGACCAGACUCCAGGUCUGUUCUUUCCAUGAAUCUUCAAGGAACAGGAAUGGGGAAGAAAGGAGGAAAGUUCUUCAGGAGAUUGCGUGGCUGAACCUCAAUUCCUUCCUUCCCUUCAAAAGAGGUCGAUCGCAAGGUUUCGGUUAUCGAUCGAAUCUGUUUUUAAGAGGAACGGAGUCUUUGUAAGUGAUCGAGAAUGUUGGUUGAGUUCAAAGCUGAAUCUUGGCCAAGCACACAAUUUUGUGCUUCUUGAUGUGGUAAAAAAGUAGAGUUUUUUUUUCAUUGUUGCAGGUAGAAGAUGAAGAAGAAAACUGUUGUUUUUUAGAAGGUUUUAUGCACCUUCCAUCAAUAAAUCUGACAGAAUGUCUUAAUGAAAGAUAUUUCAUGAUAGCAUUUAGAUGUAUACA